CAAAUGUAGAGCAAGAGACGAGGAUGUGAUUCUGCCCGGGAAAGACUAAUACUCCAGCACAACUAAGUCUUUUGAUAGGUUUGUUCUCACACCUACACUUCAGCGUGUGAGAAGAUAAGAAGAGGGAAGAACGAGGCACAUUUGGGGAACAGAAGGCCGCUUGUGCUGUACAGGAUGCCUGAGAAGAAAAUAAGCCUCCCAGCUAAGCUGAUUAAUGGGGGUGUGGCAGGUUUGGUGGGUGUUACCUGUGUCUUCCCUAUCGAUCUGGCUAAGACUCGGCUUCAAAAUCAGCAGGGUUUACGUGUAUAUAAUGGCAUGGUGGACUGUUUGAUCAAGACGGUUAGGUCAGAGGGCUACUUUGGCAUGUAUAGAGGUGCUGCAGUGAACCUCACACUCGUAACUCCAGAGAAAGCCAUCAAACUUGCAGCCAAUGACGUCUUCAGACAGAAGCUCUCCAGAGAUGGGAAAUUGCCUUUAUGGGGGGAAAUCCUCGCAGGCUGUGGGGCUGGGACCUGUCAGGUGGUAGUAACCACCCCCAUGGAGAUGCUAAAAAUACAGCUGCAGGAUGCCGGCAGGUUGGCAGCCCAGAGAUCUGUGUCAACCACUGCACCUGCAUCCUCAGCCUCAGCCUCCCUGGCAUCUACUCACACUACAGUGCGGCGUUCUGCCACGGCCAUAACGCUGGACCUGCUAAGGACGCAGGGCCUUCGGGGCCUUUACAGGGGCACAGGGGCCACUUUGCUCAGGGAUGUACCAUUCUCUAUGAUCUACUUCCCGCUGUUUGCCAAACUAAAUGCAGUGGGUCGGAAUGAUAACCCUCAAGAACGAGCUCCAUUUAUGCAGUCCUUCAUGGCGGGGUGUGUAGCUGGUUCAGUAGCGGCUGUGGCAGUUACGCCACUGGAUGUCAUAAAGACUCGAAUUCAGACCUUGCAAAAGGGAGAAGGAGAAGAUUCAUACAGGGGCAUCAUCGACUGCACAAGGCGCAUUCUGAGUCGAGAGGGAGCAUCAGCCUUUCUUAAAGGAGCAACUUGCCGAGCACUGGUUAUUGCACCACUCUUUGGCAUUGCCCAGGGUGUCUACUUUCUAGGUGUUGGCGAGUGGGUCAUAGGGCUGUUCGGAUAAAACAAACACAGAAGCACAGAAUCAAACCCUGGCACCCAAUUUGGCACCCGCUCUACCAGCUGUGCUAUUGUGGUGCCCUAGAGGUAACAUCUGUUUACUUAACCAAAAAGUAAGGGUGCUUUUAUGAACGCCUGUAAAAGCAAUAUCAGCACUCUGUGUUUCUUUAGUCAUCCCGGCUUAUUAGAGUCCAGAUCAGGGAGUGACUGCUGCCCUUGAUUUCUCUAUUUCAUUUAUUGUUUGUGUAAAAUGAGCAGCAGAGAGGUGCAGCAGGUAGUGUGGGUGCUGCACAGCACCAGGGAAUCAGUAAGUUCUCCAUGGAUUUCUCUAGGUACUUCUCUUCCUCCCUCCUUCCAAAAACAUACCCAAGGUAAGAUAUGAUAAUGACUGACUGUACGGGUGUGUAACUAGUAUAACUAGAUAAAUAAAUGCACAAGUUUAUAUAAAAUACACUACAAGGGGGGCAUAUGAAAACCACAUAGUGUUGGUGCAUGCGAUUACAGGUUGGUACAUUAAACAAAACAUUUUACAGUGGUUUGAAUUGAGAAUGGCUCUUUAAACAGUUUGGGCACAAAUUCCUUAAGUCACACUUCCAAAAACUUGUACCACAUGCACAGGCUGGCUGAGAAUAGCAGUGGUGCUGGUGUGUGACUUGUUUCUAGUCCACCAUCCAAAAUAAACAAAUCAAGCCAAAAGUAAAAGCCAACAAAUAAUAUCUGAUCAGUGGUGGUUGUCACUUUCCACUGAUGGCUUAGGUAGAGACGGAUGAUAGAAAGUAAUUGUAGGCCUUGACUUAUAUCAGAGGACUUGUUGGUACAGUAAUUAAGUGGGAAUAAAAGGUACACUGUAUGGCCAAAAGUAUGUGGACACUUGACCAUGACCCAGUUGAAAAUCUCAUUCCAAAACCAAGUUGCCUACAUUUGCAACUCUACUUCCACUCCAAAGCCUUUCCACAGUAUUUUAGAAUGUGUCUGUGGGAAUUUGCUGCAACUUGAAAGGUUCUUUCCCAAACUGCUGCCAUAAAGUUGGACAUGAUUGUUAUAUACCUGUUAGCAAUGAAUGUAGCUGGAAACACCAAAACCCAAUAGGGUGGCAUGGUGGCUAAGUGGGUAGCACUGUCGCCACACAGCAAGAAGGUCCUGGGUUCGAUAUCCAGGUGGGGCGGUCCGGGUCCUUUCUGUGUGGAGUUUGCAUGUUCUCCCCGUGUCUGUGUGGGUUUACUCCGGGUGCUCCGGUUUCCUCCCACAGUCCAAAGACAUGCAAGUGAGGUAAACUGGAGGUACUAAAUUGUCCAUGACUGUGUUCGAUAUAAUCUUGUAAGAACUGAUGAAUCUUGUGUAAUGAGUAACUAUCGUUCCUGUCAUGAAUGUAACCAAAAGUGUAAAACAUGACGUUAAAAUCCUAAUAAACAAACCAAAACUCAAUAGCAGAAAGUGGUAUUCACAUACUUUUGGUAAUGUAGAGUUUCUAAUAUACUGGUCACUAAGUGCAUAUUACACAGUUUACAUUCAAGUUUUUUUAACUGUACAAUAAUGUCAAACACCGGCAGAGGCAAUUUUGUAUCUCCAAUUCACCUAACAUUCAUGUCUUUUGGACUGUGGAAGGAAACCGGAGUACCUGGAGGAAACCUGAGCAAAUACAGAGAGAACAUGCAAACUCCACACAGAAAGGAUCUGGACCAGGAAUCAAACCCAGGAUCUACCCACCGUGCCUCCCCUCCAGACCUCUACAAAAAAUACAGAACUACAUGUAAUGUGUAUGCACAUAGCUGGAGUAAUAUGAAUUUUAUUUGUUUUUAUAUUACUAAAAAUAAUCAGGUGUAAUUAA